AGGGCAGCAGGAAAUGUUUUAAAAGAGGAGGAAAGCGGCAGUGCUCAGACAGAGAGCAGCUGAAACUGAUUGGAUUGCAAUAGCAGCAGACGCCAAGAGAGCAGAUCCUAGGCAGUUACAUACCCUGGCAGCACCAAGUUUCGGUCUGGCCAGUGCAUCUGAUUAAAGAACAGAGGCAAGGGGAGAGAAAGGCAGGUUAUCCAGGAGAGAUCUAAGUGAGCAUUUCUUUAGGUACCUAAGAUCUUCUUAUCAUGAAGCUCUUCACAGUUGUUUUUCUUUUAGUGCUCAUUGCAAUCUGCUUUACCAGCAUAGAAGGAUCAAAAUGCAAAUGUGCAAGAAAGGGCCCUAAAAUAAGAUUCUCUGAUAUACAGAAACUUGAAGAGAAGCCAAAGUAUCCAUAUUGCAAGGAAAGAAUGAUCAUUGUCACCAUGAAAUCACGAUUCAGAGGAGGCCAUCAGUAUUGCUUGCAUCCCAAACUUCCAAGUACAAAAAGAUUACUUAAGUGGUACACAAUAUGGAAAGAGAAAGAGAGAGUUUAUGAAGAGUAAGAAGAUAGAGGGAUGGUACAAGAAACAAGGCUGUGUGGUGAACGUAAGGAAAGGAUGGACAAUGGAGAUUACUUCUCACAGGACGUGACACAAAACUAUAUUGUUAUAAAGCACUUUUUACCAAGGAUCACUUUUUACAUUUUAUAGCUGUAUAAAAAGCUGUCAGAUUUCAUGUGUCUUUUACAUACUAGAUUUCAUACAUCUCCCCUUUGUAGUGAGAAAGCUCAUGAAUCAUAAUCUAUCUUAAAUGUUUUUUUAAAAAUGAGUGUAUUGAUAAUUGUUCAUAUUUCACUGGGCUUUAUAAGCUCAUUCAGAGAACCAUCAUUUGUACCCUCGCUUCCCGCCAAGGUGUUCUAGAAUGAUGUCUCUUCUUUGGCAUUGGGACAACUUCCCAUGCCAAGGUGAAGAUUUCUAGUAACAAUAUAUCUUCUUGUAGGAGCUGAGGGACAGUUAGCUUUUUAGAAUAUUAUGAUUGGUAAUAUGCUACUGGUUCAGGUAGCCGGCUCAAGGUUGACUCAGCCUUCCAUCCUUCCGAGGUUGGUAAAAUGAGUACCCAGUUUCCUGGGGUUAAAGUGUAGAUGACUGGGGAAGGCAAUGGCAAACCACCCCGUAAAAAGUCUGUCAAGAAAACGUCAUGAUGCAAUGUCCCCUCAUGGGUCAUUAAUGACUGCUUGCACAGGGGACCACCUUUACCUUUAAGAUGCUGUAAGUUUUCAGAAAUAAGGUUUCUCAGCGAUUGUAAAAUUAUAUAAGCUGUUCACCUGUUAAUCCUUGUGGAGGGUAAAAUAUACAAUAAACUACCCUCUGUCAUUUUUACCUGUGAAGAAAAAAACUUUUAAAAGCUGUUUUAAUACAAAGAAAGCACAUAUUUUUGUUCAGCUAAGGUUCUUAUGAAAAGUUUGCAGUUUCAGUAUUGAGUUAUUUUAAGCUUCAGGAAUAUUAUGUAUGGUUCUUUAGAUUUGUAGUAUGAGACUCUCAAAAACAUACAUUUUUAAAGGAAAAAAACCUGUUCUGUUAAGGGAAUGGAUAUAUACAUUAUAGUUACAAAGCAACAUCAUUAUUAUGUAAUGUAAUACUUCCAUUGGUAAGGAGUGCAUUUCUCUUUUUUAAAAUUAUAAAUAACAAACUACCUUUUUCAAUUGUAAAUAUACUACAGGAGAUUUCCCUAUAUUAUCUUUCAGUAUAAUGUAUUGUACUUCUAAAUUAUCAUAUGCUAUUUAAAUGUUUCAAAUAUUUAGGGACUUGCAUGCAAAUUUCAUAUUUCUUUCUAUGACAAAUGGAAAAAUAAAAAAUAAAACACAUUUAAAAGGA